AUGCUCAAGAGAAUCAUCCGGACCCAACAACAAGUUUCACCUCUGGCACCUCAGAUAUCUAACCAUGAAGAAACAGAAGAGGCUCGAUCAGAGCUCCCGUCUAAGAGGAUUUCCAGCACGCUGGAAAUGCAACUGCCAGACCUUGUUCCUGAGGACACAUCUAUCACUGCAUUCCGUAUGACUAAGAAGAGAAAGAAAUUCAGCAUUUCUGAAUUCGAGAGAGCAGCAGACAAACGACUUCCCCAGAACGAAGCUCAGUCAACGUUGGACAGCAGUGCUUUGGCUCAAUCUCUUCGCAUGUCUCUUGGUUCCUUGAUCCCACCAGAUGCUACUGAAAAGAGAGGCUUACUCCGGAGGCCGAAAAAUCGCAAAGCUAUUGACAUGGAAGCUUUUGAAGGCGGAGUGGAACAGAACAUGCGGAAGAGAAAAGCACAGAAUUAUCUUGUGGACUCACGAACAGCAUCUGGGAUUCGAGUAGCCACGCUGACAAGUGAUGCGGAAAUCAUGCUGAGUAACACGGAGCUCUUUGUUCAGCCUCAGUUUGAUGAACAGAGCCAAAAUAAGCCUUCUGCUCUUGAACCACCACUAUCGGAUUCAAAAACUUCAGCACAGAGAAGCAAGAUUUCUGAUCCAGCUCAAGAGGAAGCAAGGCUGGUGGGCGUGGUAUCCAGUGGGGACACAAAUGAGGGAAGGACCCAAAGAUACGCUGAGGACUUAAUCCUUGAUCGUGAGCAUGCUGACGGAAUGACUUGUGUGUUUCCAAAAACACCCCCAAACCAGCAAGAAGAUAAACAGGAUCAUUCCCAGCAGGGUAACCCCAUGGAACAGUUUUCUGUUUCAGAAGAGGGUGCAGUUAAUAGAUGGAGCUCCUCUUUGUCGUCCAGAAGUUCAAGUAAAUGUUUGGGAUCCCCAGUCACUCUAAAGCCUAAGAGAUCUUUCAGCAUGUCUUUGAGAGAAGUUGUGUCCUAUAUAAUUGAAGACCUAGAUGUAAGCGAUACAGAAGAAGAGAUGGCUAAUACAGUGAACGAAGUGGAACAGGAAGAGAUUUUCAGAGAGGCUGCAGAGCAUCGUGUAAAUGCUGGAUAUUCUGAACAUUUCGAGAAGAAGCUGACCAAAAAAGCAGAAUGGCAGAUAGCUACAGGACAGGAUGCCAGAGUUGAAGCAGAAAAGGCCCCUUCAGAAGGAAAGGGAAUAGCAGAAGGCAGUGUUGAACACCAAGGCUUUCGCAGGGCUGAACGUGAGAUUGCCAAAGGUGUUGGAGCUGGAAGUCUGGGCAGGCAUUCUCAUGCUUUUUCCUCCUCUGAAAAAUCUGGGAUGAAGCCAUUAAAAGAAGCUGUUGAACAAGCAGAUGAACUAGAGGACCAGGCUGUCAUGGUAGAAUUGGAUGGUCUGGAAGAAGACUCUACUGAGGAUGAAGCUGAAGACCCUGAGAGUGAAGAAGUUUCCAUGAAGACACCCGCAUUUGUCCAUGCUGCAGCGUACAAGCCACUGCUGUCAACUCCUCAUCCAGCAAAACCUGCUACUCACAGGUUGUCAACUCCACGUCCUGCAAAACCUGAUGCUCACAA